AUGGAUUCUCUGCAUAUGACAUUGGCGAAAGUGCCUGCGGAGUUUCCCUUUGCGCUCAAAGAAACCCAGGACAAAGGGAUCGGAGCUUUUGCUAUAAGAAACAUCACCAGAGGCGAGCUCGUGCUGUCCGAACGACCCCUUUUGCGGAUUGUGGGGUCACGAUAUCUCGCGGCAGAUGUGCAAGCUCAGUACGACAAGCUCGGCGACGUUCAAAAGGCUGUGUACAUGAGCCUGGCCAGCGCACAUGGACAAGAUGCCAGUCGCUACCCAUCCACAUCGGCGCCAUACUUGGAGAAGGGCGACAAAAGGAGGAUUCGAGAACAGUACGAGGCACUUACGGGCGAAGAGAAGAGCGUCCUGAGCAUUUGCAUGACAAACGCGAUGGAAACGGACAACGGGGCGGCGAUCUUCGAGCUCGCGAGCAGAUUCAAUCACGAGUGCGUGCCGAAUGCGUGCUUCUCUUGGGACGAGCGGGAAGGCGUGGAGAGAAUCCACGCGACGAGAAACAUUGCCAAAGGCGAGGAGAUCACGGUGUGCUACUGCGAUCCGUUCUACGACGUGUCGAUGCGCCGGUGGGAGCUGAUGCACUACGGCUUCGAGUGCCGGUGCCGCGCUUGCCACGACUUUGACAAAGCGGGGACGUUCGCAAACGAGUCGCGCGAGCGACGUUGGAAGCUGCGCGAACUUGGCCUGGCGCUCCCGCUGUGCCAGAGCGAGGCCGAGCGUCUGCGCGUCCGACUUCAAAUGGUCGCCGCGACGAAGGCGGAGGGCCUGCAAAACCCGGCCGUGGCGAACAUGUAUCUUGAGAUUGCUCAAAUCUGCGACCACACAGGGGAUGGAGAGAUGGCGGUGAAGGCGGCGAGAAAGGCGCUGGACAUGUUCACGGUGUGUCUUGGUGCGGACAGCGAGGAUGCCCAAGACGCGGCGAAGAGAGUGCGGGUGCUUGAAAAGCAGUUACGAAAGCGUUCCGAGCAGAAGUGA